CCCCGUGGAGGAGCGAGGAGCCGGAUCUCCCCCAUUCCAGAUCCCAGCUCGGAGGUGGAUGGAAGUCACAGGGAGGAAGAACUGGGCCCCGCCGUAAUAAACUUCCUAACAGGUGGCGUCUUAUAACCGAAACAGGCUACUUGGGAGGCUGUGUCGCCGGGUGUAAGCAAGCGUCAAGUAGCGGAAGUUCUCCACUGCCAAUUUAUAAGAAGUGCCAAGACUCUCUAUUAAAAUGCAGAUUCCGCGCUGCAGGUCUGGGCUUGGGCCCAGAGUCUCCCGCGGGGGCUCCGUGGACCGACUGGGAGGGUUCGUGUUGUCACUUGCCCUUAAAGGCUUCCUCCAGCCCGGGCCGGCACCUGUGCUUUCUGUUGACUUAUUGUAAAAGGCGCAUCUACAGGGAGGGACUAGGGUGAGGCAGGAGAGGAGACGGUUAACAGCAAUAUGAGGAGCUGCUCCUUUUCAAGUCCACCCUGCACUUGAACAUGGCGGGGAGGGGAGCUCCUUCAAAUUUGCACCGUAGGCCGCUUUCCCAGCCCUGAAUCAGUGCGGACCACACGCCACUCCACGUGCUGGGUGGCACAGGGGAGCAGGGAAGGAGGGGACCUGUCGGAGCAAAGGAUGUGUAGCCACGUAACGACGUUUCUGUCAUGGAUAGACAGCGCGGACGAAGGCGGUCCCAUGAGAUUAUAAUGAAUCCGAGAAUUUCCUCACGGCGGUGAAGCUGGUAUAAACCAACGAACUGCGCCGCCGGUCAUGAAAUCGUCUAACAGCACAUCGCACUUGAUAAUGACAGGUUUGACCAGCUGACCUGGACUUGGCCAGCGGCCCUGUCCUCCGUCUUGGCCACCCCACCAAGGGUGGCUGACGAAGAAGAUGCUUCCCUUCAAGGUGAGCAGAUGGAUGGGGCUCACCUGCUUCCAGUCACUGGUGCUGUUCUCUCCCAGCACUCGCCAGAAGAAACUGAUUCAUAAGCUGCAGGAGGAAAAGGCUUUUCGGGAAGAGAUGAGAAUUUUCCGUGAGAAAAUAGAAGACUUCAGGGAAGAGAUGUGGAAUUUCCGAGGCAAGAUGCAUGCUUUCCGGGGCCAGAUGUUGGGUUUUUGGGAAGAGGAGAGACCUUUCUGGGAAGAAGAGAAAGCCUUCUGGAAAGAGGAAAAGGCCUUCUGGGAAAUGGAAAAAUAUUUCCGGGAAGAAGAGAAAACUUUUUGGAAAAAGUACCGUACGUUCUGGAAGGAGGAUAAGGCCUUCUGGAAAGAGGACAAUGCCUUGUGGGAACGAGACCGGAGCCUUCUUCAGGAGGACAAGACCCUAUGGGAGGAAGAAAAGGCUCUGUGGGUAGAGGAAAGAGCCCUGCUGGAGGAGGAGAAGGCUCUGUGGGAGGAUAAAAAGUCCCUCUGGGAAGAAGAGAACGCCCUCUGGGAGGAAGAGAAAGCCUUCUGGGUGGAAGGUGGUGGCCACGUCGUGGGGGAACCAAUACUCGAGGACGGGCCCUAUGACGUCAAUGACGGGCAGCAGUCACCAGGCCUCUCCAGGGGCAGGGCGUAGGCAGCACAGAGGUGCAGGGCUCCCUGGGGUCCAGACUGCGCUGGGCUGGGAUUCAAGUCCAGGGUGAUCCUCAUGUGCUCGAGAAAACAUUCACUUACUUGUCUCCUUGCUUUGAAAGAUCUCAUAAAACCCUGAGG